GGCUGGGGGAGGGGCGGGGCGGCGCCGAGAAGAAUGAAUAAUUGAAGUAGAAAGGAGGAGGAAGAAGAGGAGAAGGAGGAAGAGGAGGAGGCGGGAGCCGCCCGCACAGGGUCCUCCCCACUCGGUACCCCACCCCCUCCGCCGCCCGGAAGUCGCUCCCCGCCUCCUGCUCCGCCAACAUGGCCGCGAAGUCGGAUGGAGCGGCGGCCGCGGCCGGCCCGGGGCCGGAGGGGGCGGCCGGAGGAGCCCGGGGUAGUGCGGGCGGGCGCGGGGAGGCGGCGGCGGCGGCGGCCGGGAGCCCGGGCAUGGUCGAGGCGGCAGGCCCGGGGCCGCGCUAUGAGCUGCGGGACUGCUGCUGGGUGCUGUGCGCGCUGCUGGUGUUCUUCUCCGACGGCGCCACGGACCUGUGGCUGGCGGCCUCCUACUACCUGCAGGGUCAGCGCACCUACUUCGGCCUCACGUUGCUGUUCGUGCUUCUGCCCUCGCUUGUCGUGCAGCUGCUCAGCUUCCGCUGGUUCGUCUACGACUACACCGAGCCCGCGGGGGCCCCGGGACCCGCCGCCAGCACCAAGGACAGCGGCUCGGGUGAAGCAGCCAUCAGCACCAAGGACAGCGCCGUCGCCUUCCGGACCAAAGAAGGCAGCCUGGAGCUGGGUUCCCGGCCCGCGCCCUCCUCCGCCAGCGCCUACCGCCGCCGCUGCUGCCGCCUCUGCAUCUGGCUGCUGCAGACCCUCGUCCACCUCCUGCAGCUCGGCCAGGUCUGGAGGUACCUGCGCGCCCUGUACCUGGGGCUGCAGAGCCGCUGGCGCGGGGAGCGGUUGCGGCGCCACUUCUACUGGCAGAUGCUGUUCGAGAGCGCCGACGUGAGCAUGCUGCGCCUCCUGGAGACCUUCCUGCGCAGCGCGCCGCAGCUCGUGCUGCAGCUCAGCCUGCUGGUGCACCGCGGUGGCGCGCCCGACCUGCUGCCCGCCCUGUCCACCUCUGCCUCCCUUGUGUCCCUGGCCUGGACGUUGGCCUCCUACCAGAAGGUGCUGCGGGACUCGAGGGAUGACAAGCGGCCUCUGUCCUACAAAGGUGCAGUGGCCCAGGUGCUGUGGCACCUGUUCACCAUUGCUGCCCGCAGUCUGGCCUUCGCGCUCUUUGCCAGCGUCUACAAGCUCUACUUUGGCAUUUUCAUUGUGGCCCAUUGGUGCGUCAUGACCUUCUGGGUCAUCCAAGGGGAGACGGACUUCUGCAUGUCCAAGUGGGAGGAGAUCAUCUACAACAUGGUGGUGGGCAUCAUCUACAUCUUCUGCUGGUUCAACGUCAAGGAGGGCCGCAGCCGCCGCCGCAUGGCCCUGUACUACUGCAUCGUCCUGCUGGAGAAUGCUGCUCUGACCGGCUUCUGGUACUCCAGCCGCAACUUCUCAACUGACUUCCACUCACUCAUCCUGGUCUGCGUGGUGGCUUCCAGCUUUGCACUGGGCAUAUUCUUCAUGUGUGUCUAUUACUGCCUCCUGCACCCCAAUGGGCCCAUGCUGGGUCCCCAAGCACCUGGCUGCAUCUUCCCGGAGUCCCCAGGGUCCUGUGGCCCACCACCUGAUGCUGUCACAAGUCCCCCAAGGUCUCUGCCGAGGACUACAGGCACAGAGCGGGAUGGGGCCUCAAUAGGGGGUGAGCGAGCGGGAACCCCCACACCACCUGUCUUCCAGGUGCGGCCUGGCUUGCCCCCCACACCAGUGGCCCGUACCUUGCGGACAGAGGGGCCUGUCAUUCGGAUUGACUUGCCCCGGAAGAAGUACCCAGCAUGGGAUGCUCAUUUUAUUGACCGCCGGCUCCGGAAGACCAUUCUGGCUCUGGAGUACUCCUCGCCUGCCACUCCCCGGUUGCAGUACCGGAGUGUGGGGACCUCCCAGGAGCUGCUGGAGUAUGAGACCACAGUGUAGGCUAUGGUCUCGCCCCCUAAAAAGGGACAGACUUGGCUGAAGUUACAUCAGCCACAGUGUUGAGCCCAGAAUAUCAGGGCCACCAGGUGAUGGGGGAGUGGAUCUAUUGGUCCAAGGGUAGAGUGGCCCUGCCAUUGUGUUCUUGCAGGGGAGGGGCAGGCUUUUAGAGGCCCCAGCCCUAGGUCCCAUUUUCAGGCCUGUGGCCCAUUCACUAGAGUCCCCUGAACCAGGGCCCAGGGAACCAACUGGUGCUACACUCCUCAUGAGCUGUCCUGCUUUCAUGGGGCCCAAUGCCCUCUCCCCUGCCUGGUGUUGCCCAAAUGUCACCUCUGCUGGACCUGCCAGAGAAAGAGGCACUGUCUGGGGUCUUUACCUAGGCCUUGUGCUCCUCAGGGGGCUGUGGGCAGUGGUGGGAGGAAAUCUCUGAGAAGUAUGGCAGAGGCCAUGGAAGGUGUGGGGUAGGGUUGGAGCGUCUGUGGACAGGGAUAGCACAGUACUUGCCAGGCCUGAGGCCUGGAGCCUGGGCGAGAGUAGAGUUGAAAGAGUGAGUUGGGGUGGGAUGGGGUGUUGGGGUGGGGGCUGGAAGUGUUGGGGGUUGACAGAAGAAAGAGCCCCAGGGUCUAGCCUAGCAGAGCAAGAAUGAGUGAAAGACUUGGGAGAGGAGACCUGUCAUCCAGAGCAUGGAGAAUAUGGACAUGGAGCUCCUCAGGAGUCACCCUUUGUUGUGGGCUGUGUUAUGGAUGAAGUUCCAGACACCUCUGGUGAAAUGUUUCAAGGAGCCAUUCCUUGUUCUAGAUGAGCUUCUGGAACAUUUCUUCUAGAUAAAGGUCUUGAACACAGCAGAUAAAAUGUCUAGGAAGAUCUCUGCCUGGGCUCAAGUAUACAUAAGGUCCUAGCACAUUUAGCAGAGGAACUGUUCUAGAGACAUGCUUAGUUCUAGAUUAAGUUCUAGAACAUUUAGCUGAUAAAAUGUCCUAGGGA